GUUCGUAGCAAGACGCGGUCUCACUGGUGCACAUUGUUUUCCGUCGCGUGUGAAAAUUGCUGAGUGUAUAAAAACUGUGCAUACUUAGAGAAAACUUCUGCAUUUGGUUGAAAGGGAUUAUUACAUCAGUUUUUGUAUGCUUCCUUCAUUCCUGAUGCCAUAGUAUUACUAGCUUUGUCAACUUAUACAGCAACUCAAACAACCCAUGUGUAUGGAAAGAACAAAAUAUGUUCUUUGCUGACAAGAUGAAGUUCCGCGCACUGAUGCAGGAUCCGCUGUACAUGAAAGAGUUCCAGGCCAUUGUGGCCACUUUAACCAAGCUGGCGAAAGAUUGUGUGAUGAUUCUGGGCUCUCGGCAGAUGCAUUUUAUCGUGAACGAGGAUCAGAGCUCCGCUGCAUCGCCCUUGGUUUGGGCAGGAAUUACAGCUGAGGAGUAUUUUCCGGAGUAUCGCAUGGAGGCUGCUCACCCGGAUCAGGAGUACAUAGUUCUAGGCGUGUCUUCGGCGAAUCUCGGAAGAGCUUUAUCUGUGCUUCGUGGUGGAGGCGUAAACAGCUGCAAACUGAAGCUUCAAAGAAUUCAGUUUCCGUGCAUUUCGGUAAUAGCCUCGGUGCUUACGUCGUCUUCAACAGAAGCCCGUGAAGUGGUGCACGAUGUUCCAGUGACCAUAAUCCCGGGCAGCGAUUGGUCUGCCUACGUUGUACCCAGAGUUCCAAACUCACAGUUGGCUUUGGGCCUACCAAGCCUAAGAUUGCUCAAAAGUCUCAUUGACAAGCUGAAGAAUAUAUCACCCAGCCUGGAGUUUCAGGUCAACGUGGACGGAGAGCUCAAUGUAAUAGCCACCUCUGAAAUGUCCACUGUGACUAGUCGAUUCCAGAAAUUACUAAUUCGAACUGUGUCAGGAUCCCAGCAGGAAGCGUCCUGCUCUGUGGAUUCAAGGAAAGCCUCGGCCUUCUUUGGAGCACUUCAACUCCCUAACGAAGAACUGACUAUUGGCAUUGACCGUGAGCAUUCCAUCCAUCUGCAGAUCGAUGUACGACAGGAUGUGGUUCUGCACUCUAUUCUGCCAGCUGUUUGUAUGUAGCCUAAGAGCUGGUAUGUUUAUCAUAGCUGUAAUAAAUGCGACUUGAUGUAUUCAGGUGUAAUAAACGUUCUCACUUAAUUCUUUUCC